UCACAUGCUUUCCACUUGAACGACUUUGAAUUUACGUUGGUUGGGCGCCAAAGUUUCGUGAACUUUCUCUUGGAUUACAAUUCUGAGCAGACCGAAAUUGUUACCGAUGCACGACGGUGCCAUUCAACCAGCCAACAUCCACAACUGAUGGUCAUGAUUGCCAUGCGAUGUUGAUCCAUUUGGAUCCAAUGUGCCAAUGUGCGUGCGUGGAUUGUUUUCCACAUCUUUUACACGAUCAUCAUCAUCAUCAUCAACAACAACAACAUCUAGGAAUUGUUCUGUUCAUUUCAGUUGGCGUUGGACCAUUCACUCAUACAGACCAGUCGGGUGUUUGCCAUUUGUCCAUGAAUAUGUAUGGUCCACCAUGUUCAAUGUGGUAUAUGCAAAUGUGAAACAGUAACGAUUCGAUUUACAAUCCAUAUGAUGAAUGAUGAUUGUGAGUGCGAUGAACAACACCUUUUGCCGCCAAGUGAUCAGUGUGUGUGAAUUGUAAUUAUCAUUUUUAAUCAUCAUCAUCAUCAUCAUGUGUUGUGUGUUUUAAUUAAAAAACAACUUUUGGUGUUUUUCAUGAAUUUGUCACAUGUCGUGAUUACCAUAUCACCAAAUCAUCAUAUAUGUGUUUGUGCUCGAUCAUCAAAAAGAUUCACGAAUCCAACAUCUCUUCAUAUUUCCGAAUUGCAAAUAUAACGAUUAUUCACUUGAACAAACAGCCAAUUGAAAUGAAAUCAAUGGUCAUUGUCCAUAAUAAUGUUUCCUAUUCGAAUGGGAAAUUGGCCAUUUCAUUCAAAUGAUCGAAUUUAAUGAAUGCAAAGUAUCCGGAAUCUGGAGGUGUUUUUUUCCAUUUCUUUCUUUGUUCACAUCAUCAUGACCAUCAUCAAGAAAACGCACACAAUGGAUAAAGUAGUACCCACGAUAAUAAUAACUGUCAUGGUAUGGCUGUCAACAUUUUGGACAUGUCUUGACAAUGACAACAGCAAUAGUAUCAUGAUCGUGAAUGCCAUCCUUAUCAGCAGCAGUGGAACCAACAACGCCAACACCUAUUCCAAUGGGAACAAACAUAGUGACAACCAUAGUGUUAAAUAUGGCCAAACAUCCAACGUGCAAUUCAACGCCCAUCAUCUUCAUGUUGAUAAUGAUGAAGAAGAAAACUUUUCUCGCCCAAAAUAUCAACCUCAGCAGCAAAGAGUUUCCUCAUCACAUCGACAAUCAAAUUCAACACUAACAAAAGAUCAUAUACGUGAAUUCUCCUGUGGCCAUCUUUAUUAUCGUACACUCUACAUUGAUCCAAGGCGUGAAUUGCUUUACAUUGGAGCCAUGGACAACAUUUUUCGCCUUAAUUUGAACAACAUCAAUAGGACCCAUUGUGAGUUUGAUUCGAUAAAAUUGAAUCCACAAAGCAUAUCAAGCUGUAUAGCCAAAGGCAAAUCCGAGCUUUAUGAUUGCCGUAAUCAUAUCCGUGUCAUACAACCGAUUGGUACGAAUCAUGAUCGUUUCUAUGUAUGUGGCACGAAUGCACACAAUCCCAAAGAUUGGAUCAUUAACUCCAAUUUGACCGUAUCGAACGAACCAUUACCUGGUAUCGGUAGCGGUAUCGCUAAAUGUCCAUUCGAUCCGGAAGAUAAUUCCACUGCUAUUUGGGUUGAGAAUGGCAAUCCUGGUGAUCUAGCCGGCCUUUACAGUGGUUCAGUGGCCGAAUUUACCAAAGCUGACACUGUCAUUUUUCGUACCGAUCUUUAUAAUACAACAUCUAUGCAACGAAUGUAUCCAUUCAAGCGAACUAUCAAAUAUGAUUCCAAAUGGCUUGACAGUCCAAUUUUCGUUGGAUCAUUCGAUAUUGGUGACUAUGUUUAUUUUUUCUUUCGUGAAAGCGCCGUUGAAUAUAUCAACUGUGGAAAGGCAAUCUAUUCACGAGUAGCUCGGGUUUGUAAGCGAGAUACUGGUGGCAAAAAUAUACUCAACAAGAAUUGGGCAUCAUUUCUAAAGGCCAGACUUAAUUGUUCGAUUCCGGGUGAAUUUCCAUUCUAUUUCAAUGAAAUCCAAAGCGUUUAUAAAUAUCGUGAUGAUCGAAAAUUUUACGCCGUAUUUAGUACAUCGACAAACGGCCUAAUGGGUUCGGCCAUUUGUACAUUUAGUUUGAACAAAAUUGAAGAAGUUUUCUAUGGAAAAUUCAAAGAACAAUCAACAUCAUCAUCUGCAUGGCUACCGGUUUUAUCCAGUAAAGUGCCCGAACCAAGACCCGGAACAUGUGUUAAUGAUACUCAAGUAUUACCCGAUUCUGUGCUUAAUUUUAUUCGUGGUCAUCCAUUGAUGGAUUCUGCCGUCGAACAUGAUAAUGGAAAACCCAUUUUCUACAAAAGAGAUGUCAUCUUUACACGAAUCGUUGUCGAUCGGUUAGAAGUGGAUGGCAUACAGUACACAGCCUAUUUUGCUGCCACCAAUAAUGGUCUCGUUUAUAAGAUCAUCGAAUGGUAUGAUCAGUCUGGCCAGGUUCAUUCGAAUCUGGUCGAUGUGAUUGAAGCGACCGUUGGUGAACCAAUACGAGCCAUCGAAAUAUCUGCUCGACAUAAAUCGCUUUAUAUUGCAUCGGAUUCAGUGGUCCGGCAAAUCGAUUUGUUUAUGUGCAAAGGUCGUUAUGAAAGCUGUACCAGGUGCAUUCAAGAUCCUUAUUGUGGCUGGGAUCGUGAUCAAAAUGAAUGUAAACCAUAUACCAUUGGAUUGAUGCAAGACAUAAUGAAUGUUACGGCUGGGAUUUGUGAUAGCACUAUUGAGCAUAAAAUAAUGAAAGUCAAUUGGGGACAAAGUAUUCAUCUGCCAUGUCAGAUACAUAGUCCGGACGUUUCGACUGUCAUACAAACACAAGGUCCAUUGAAAUGGUACUAUUUUCGUAGUGAUAAAUCAAGCGGUUUUGAAGUGUAUCCCAAACGUGAUAAAUAUGUUCACACUUCGGAUCAUGGCCUCGUUAUAUUGGGCGUUACUGAUCGUGAAACAGGCCGUUAUGAUUGUCGCCUUGGAUCGAAUACAUUGUUCAGCUAUACGAUCAAUGUGGAUGCAAAAACUUGUUCAGCGCCAAAUGAAUCGGAAUUUCGUAAAAUAUAUUCAGACUGGUGUCAUGAAUUUGAAAAAUAUAAAAGUGCAAUGAAAAAUUGGCAAAUUAAACAAUCGAAAUGCCUUGUAAAACAACAACAAAAUCAUUUGAAAAAAUAAUCAAUGCUCAAUUCUGGUCAAACUCUUCUUCCCUUUUUGUUCAAUCAUCAACGAUGAUCAUUUAUUGAAGCAGCAUCUAUGUAUAAUCUGCCUGUGAUAAUCUGAUCACAAACAAUUUGUCAUCAAUUUGUUGUUUGUGAUCCAAUCUUUUUUUUCACCAAUCAAUCAAUCAAUUCAAUGUACAAUAUAGCCUUGAUUCCAACAUUACAUCACAUCCACUGUGUACAAUCAUAGAACACAACAUGUCCACUCACACACAUUUAGAAAAAAUGUUGAAUAUUUUUUUUCUCGUUCGAAAAUUGUUUGUCACUUUUGUCAACUUUUGUUCGUCAUCGAUCAUCAUAACUAAAUAAAUAAAUUGUUAUUUUGUUUGUUUA